CAUUGCGCGUUCUCUCACUUAUACAUUCCCUGCAGCCGCGUCGCAAUCACUCGACUUACCCUCAACUGCCAAGAGUGACUCGACACCAUGGCGCGCGGUCGACCGUCCCGCGCAGCCGCUCGUCGCAGCACGCCCGCGACACCAAUCACCUUUGACGACGACGACGAAAUGGAAGUGGUCGAUGCGGCCGCCGAGGAUCGCGCCGAAACCCCCGCUGAUGAGGAGGACGUUGGCACGCCUGCGCAAGAAUCCGAAGAGGAAGAAAAGGCAGCCUCAGAACGCUCCGCUACGCCUGUUGUGCAAGUGCCACGCAAGAAGCGCCUUGGUCGCCCACCCAAGAAUCGCCCGCCGGAUUGGAAUGUCAUACCCGACGAUGGCUCUCAAUCCGGCACUCCUGUCAAGCGCAAGCGUGGCCGACCAGCGGGUGGGGGCUUCCGCGGGCGUCCCAAGGGCGGUCCAGUACAGGCAACGCGUGUGGCUAUCGACAAGGAGGGCACAAUGAUGGACGUUGUGAAUGAUGAGGUGGACCUACCGGAAGACCCUGAGGGCGAGAAGAAAGUCGAUAAGCUCGGAAAUCUGCAGGACGGCCGAGACUAUCGUGUGCGCGUCUUCACAAUCAGUGGUCGUGGAGAUAGACUUUAUAUGUUGUCCACCGAGCCAGCGCGAUGCUGUGGUUUCCGAGACAGUUAUCUGUUCUUCACCAAGCACAUGCAGCUCUACAAAAUCAUCAUCGACGACACAGAGAAGCGGGACCUGAUUGAUCGCGAAAUUAUCCCUCACUCAUACAAGGGUCGAGCCAUUGGUGUGGUCACGGCUCGCUCAGUGUUCCGCGAGUUCGGGGCGCGCAUCAUCAUCGGAGGCAAGAAGGUCAUCGACGAUUACUAUGAGACCGCAGCGCGCGAGAGGGGUGAUGUCGAAGGCGAGCUAGCGGAACCGCACGAUAAACUGCCACCACCUGGCGAACCCUACAACAAAAACCAGUAUGUCGCUUGGCACGGUGCCAGUAGCGUCUAUCACACUGGAGUCCCCAGCGUACCCUUGGCCAAUGGCAAACCAUUGCCUGGUAAGCGGAAGGUUAAUAUCACAUCUGCAAAUUGGCAGUUCGAGCACGCGAGUUCCUCUAGCCGCUUCAAUGCGAAUCUCUCCGCCUUGCGAAGGGCAAACUUAAAUCAAGGCAUAUACGACCCGCAUACCAACCUCAUGACCUAUCCGAGGACCACACAGCCGACUCACGCGAAGUGGGAAGAGGUGCCACAAGAGGAGAGCGAUGUGCCUCCGCUUGUCCGCAAGCACUACUUUGUCGUCGACACGUUUGUUCAGAAGCCGCCAUAUACGAGCUUAGGAUUGCCAGGACCAGAUGCGGACUUCCUCGACGUUGGAAAUAACGGAUUGCCUGAUUUGGAAGAAGAAGAUGUCCAGUCAAUGGCACCGGAAGCACGCGACACUUACAUCCAAGCAAAGCAGGACGAGACCUGGUGGAGGGAUCAAUUCCAGUCAGAAUCGGUCGACGGUGCCAGGCCAAAACUCAAGAUAGGGUUCUCAGGCGUUCCGGUUUGAUUCGGAUCAAUCACGAGAGGGGAGUUUGUUUAGCGUAAGAUACCAAGGCGUGUCAUGGGAUGGCGUAUGUAGGAUUAUC